AUGGGCAACAGCAUCGGCGGCCGGCGGAAGGGCGCCAAGGUGAUGCAGCUGGACGGCACGGCGUUCCGGGUGAAGCCGCCGGCGUACGCGGGCGCGGUGCUGCACGACCACCCGGGCUUCCAGCUCCUCGAAUCCGAGCAGGUCAAGCUCCUCGGCGUCCGAGCGCGCCCACUGGAGCACGACGCGCUGCUCCGCCCGGGCCGGCUCUACUUCCUCGUCGCGCUGCCGAAGCCCGUCGCGCCCCCGCGCCGCGCCUGGUCCGGCGCGCUCCACGUCGGCGCGCGCGAGCGGCUCGAGUCGCUCAUGCUCACGCGCCGCUCCACCUCCGACCUCACUUUCCCCACCGGCACCGCGCCGGCCUCGCCAGCCGCCUCCGACGGCGGGCCUGUGCAGCUCCGGAUGCGCCUGCCCAAGGCGCAGCUGGCCAAGCUCAUGGGCGAGAGCCGGGACUCCGCCGAGGCCGCCGCCAAGAUCAUGCAGCUCUGCGCCGCCAACGCGGCCGGGAGCGGCGCCGUUACGCCGGAGAGGUUCGCGCCACGGACGCCCGAGCGGAGCCCGCUGUUCGUGCCAACGCCGGACUGGGGCACCGGCGUUCGGCUCCCGCAGACGCCCGAGCACAGCCCGCGGUUCGUGCCCACGCCCGACUGGGGCGCCGGCAGGUUCUCCCAGACGCCGGAGCAGAGCCCGAGGUUCGCCGCGACGCCCGAGUGGGGCGCCAGGUUCAUGAUGCCCACGCCGGAGAGAGAUACCGGCAUGACGGCGAAGACGCCGGCCGAGAGGUGGUCCGCGCUGACCGGCACGCCGGGCGGCAAGCCCAGCCGGAAGGAGAAGCGAACGCGGUUCGUCGCCUUACCAGACGAGAUAAUCGCCUGACUGUUCCUGCAUUGAAACGAGGGGAGCUAAUACAUUGCAAGAAUGUUGGUGCACCUUCAGCUUAACCUGUCAUGAUGCUAUACAAGAUCAACCACAGAUAGCCGAAGUCGGAGAUGUUGCGAAUGGUUUCCUGCCUCGACUCUUCCUCCUUUCAGGGUCUUGGAUUUUGCAGAGAUUGUGAAGGAGAAGGAGAUGGUGAAAGGGGGAUAAGUGGUGAAGAACUAAAGACCGGUC